CAGCAGCUGCAAUUUCAGAUUUUGUGUUAAGUCGUAUAAAGGUCCAGCCUCUUUGUUAUGCCCCGUAAAGUCUCGACUGCCAUCCUUCUCAUUUUGGUUGCACACAUGGAGGUUCCAGAAUGCUUCUUCUCGGCCAUUCACGUGCAUUGCUACCGAAUCAGAGACUUUGUGCAUACUAAAGAACCGAUAUGGGCAUACAAUACGACGAAAAUAAAUGACGUCCGUUGCAGGUACGAUGAAAUGCGUUUAAUGGAACAGACGUUCAUUGCUUUCAAUAGGACAUUGUUGCAUGGCGGACGAAGAAUUACUGUUGAUCUACGGGGGCAAUUUAGCAGAAGUCGUUCGGCACGGAUGUACGUCUUCCGCGGAGGUCAGCCAAUUAGUAUUGAAACUCUCGUCUACAAGACCCGGGACUGUUCGUGUGGCGUGAUAGUGGUCCGGCCAGUAAUCCAUG